AUGGAGACUCUAUCAGGCAGAGCGAACGGGACAGCGACGCCCUACGACGGGGGCAAUGGAGAAGCCGUGGACUGGCAUGCGGAGGGACCUGGGCGACGCGUGGGCUACGAUGACCUGACGGCCAUUGACUGGAGUUUUGAGUACCACAAGGAGCGACAGCGACGACGGCUUCUAGCGCGAGCGAGCACGCCUACGACCAGCGGCCUGGCGGUCCUGCUGUUGGGCCGUGCGCGUCGGCUGCUGGACGCCGGCCAGGUCUGGGUGGUGCUGGUGCUGACGGGCGUGGCGGCCGGCGGUCUGGCGGGUGCGAUCGACGUCGUGGGCGACUGGCUGGCCGAUCUCAAGGACGGCUACUGCGCGUCACAGAGCACGGACGGUGGUGCUUUCUACCUCAGCCGCGGCUUCUGCUGUCUCGGCUACGACGAGGGCGCCCAGUGUGACGGCUGGCGGUCGUGGGCUGCCGUCGUGGGGGUUCGGUCGCCGGGUGUCGCUUGGUUUGUCCAGUACCUCUUUUUUGUCGGCUGGUCCGUUGGGCUCGCCGCCUCGGCCGCUCUGCUCGUGCGCGAGUACGCCGUCUACGCCCGCCACAGCGGCAUCCCCGAGAUCAAGACCCUGCUCGGCGGCUUCGUCAUGCGCCGCUUCCUCGGUCCCUGGACCCUCGUCACCAAGUCGCUCGGCCUCUGUCUCGCCGUCGCCUCCGGCAUGUGGCUCGGCAAGGAAGGCCCCCUCGUCCACGUCGCCUGCUGCUGCGCCAACCUCUUCAUCAAGCUCUUUCCCAACAUCAACAACAAUGAGGCCCGCAAACGAGAAGUUCUCUCGGCUGCUGCCGCCUCUGGCAUCUCUGUCGCCUUCGGCUCGCCCAUCGGCGGCGUCCUCUUCAGCCUUGAGACGCUCUCGUACUACUUUCCCGACAAGACCAUGUGGCAGAGCUUCGUCUGCGCCAUGACGGCCGCCUUUGUCCUCCAGGUUCUCGACCCCUUCCGCUCCGGCAAGCUCGUCCUGUAUCAGGUCCAGUACAGCUCCGGCUGGCACGCCUUUGAGCUGGUGCCCUUUGUGCUGCUGGGUGUUCUUGGGGGUCUCUAUGGCGGCCUCUUCAUCAAGGCCAACAUGCGCGUGGCCGAGUGGAAGACGGUCCACGCCGGUCGGCUGCCGGGACCGGUCACGCAGGUGGCCGUGGUCGCGCUGCUGACGGCGCUGGUGAACUACCCCAACUUUUAUAUGCGGGCGCAGGCGUCGGAGCUGGUGUCGAGCCUGUUUGCCGAGUGCUCGACCCUGGUCGAGGAUCCGUUUGGACUGUGUCGAACGGGCGCCGCGACGGCCGGCACCAUCGUUCUGCUGCUGUUUGCGGCCGUGCUCGGCUUCUGUUUCGCCGCCGUCACCUUUGGCCUGCAGAUCCCGGCCGGCAUCAUCCUGCCGUCCAUGGCCAUCGGCGCGCUCUGGGGCCGCGCCGUCGGCCUCGUCCUGGAGAUCGGCCAGCGCCGCUAUCCGGACUCGCUGGCCUUCCAGGCUUGUGAGCCAGACCGCACCUGCAUCACGCCGGGCACAUACGCCAUCGUGGGGGCGGCCGCCGCGCUGGCUGGCGUCACCCGCGUCACCGUGUCCAUCGUCGUCAUCGUCUUUGAGCUCACCGGCGCCCUGACGUACGUCCUGCCCAUCAUGGUGGCCGUCAUGCUGUCCAAGUGGGUCGGCGAUGCGUUCUCGCGCCGUGGCAUCUAUGAGGCCUGGAUCGCCCGCAACGGUUAUCCCUAUCUCGACAGCAGCGAAGAGGCAGUCGCGGCCUUGCCGCCUGAUCUUACAGCAAGUCACGUGAUGACACGUGCUCAAGACCUCGUCGUUCUCACGGCCGUCGGCCACACCGUCGCCAGCCUUCAGCACGUCCUCGACGCUCGCCCGGCCCAUCGUGGCUUUCCCGUCGUCUCGUCUGACGUCCGCAACGCCCUCCUGCUCGGCUACAUCUCCCGUGCUGAGCUCGCCUACACCCUUCAUGCCGCCAUCCAGCCGCCACGCUCGCUGCCACCCGCCACCACCGCCGCCUUCUUCGUUCAUCAGCCCCAGGCUGACCCGCACACCUCCCUCGACCUGCGCCCUUGGAUGGACCAGACACCGCUCACCCUGCCCUCGGCUGCCCGCCUUCAUCUCGUCGUCAGCUACUUCCAAAAACUCGGCCUGCGCUACGUCCUCUUCAGCGACCGCGGCGUCCUGCAGGGCCUCCUGACCAAGAAGGACGUCUGCUACCUGCUCGACAGUGCCGAUGGCCUUGGCCGCCCCAGGAUGGACCGUGGACCUGUCGAGAGUCCAAUCGAUUUGGAUGAGUCCAUUUUGUAG